AUGGCGGAUAUCAAGAUCUUAUCCUCCGAAGUGCAAGUGUCACGCCAGUUUGUUCUCUCCAUGAGUGAACCUCUGCGUGCAUCCUCUCCCCAAUCUCCAAGGUCCGCUGAGGAAGUGGCAACUCUACCACCUGACAUUAGUCCUUUUGGUUUAGUUGUCCAUGUGGGGGUUGGCCCACCAGGAGGCAUCAAGGUUGCAAGUCGUGCUCGAAAACCCGGCUACACUCAGCAUGACGUUGAUGUCAUACUGGCUCCUUACGAUCAUCAUGAAAUACAUCCCAGCCUUCGACCCUGCAUACCGAAUCCCAAUCCAGCAUCUCUCCACCCGCUGAAACCUUACGCCGGCAUGACUCCGGCACCUAUCAGUGUCCGUCUCCUACGGACAGUGAAAUGGCCGAAGAGGGAUGCUUUGGAGGAUCCGUUAAAUGUUGAGGAGCUCAUAAGACUCGUAAAGGAACAAGGCGUCAAGGACAUCGAGCACUCAUCCGAUGCAGGAAUGCUCUUGGGCGAAUUAAUGUACUACUGUCCCAUUUCCUUUUCCCAUCGAAAAAAGAAUCCAGUGCAAGUCUCGUACGAACAUGGAGACGGAGGUCCCAACUUCCAAGGACCACCUCGCUCCCAGGCGCAAGGAAAUACAAAAGUGCUCUUCAUACGUGUCCCCCCAAUUGGACAACCCCAGUGUAUCGAAGAAAUGACUUUUGCCAUUGAGGAAAUAAUAAAAGUCGUAUGCUGGGGGAUGAACAGCAAUUGA